CAGGUCACUUUCAACAUGGAGAGUGGAGCAGGAAAGCACUGGACUGAGGAAGAGGUUAAAGCUUUGCUAAGUGUCUGGGCAGAAAAAAAUAUACGAAAACAACUUUAUGGAACACUGAGAAAUAAAGGAAUAUUUAUUUACAUUGCUAAAAGGCUGCGAGCACUAGGAGUAUACAGAGAUUGGAAACAGUGCCGGGCAAAGUACAAAAAUCUCAAAUAUGAAUACAGAACAGUUAAAUAUGCCCUCAACUCUGGAGACAGCUCUAAAACUAUGAAGUUCUUCCAUGAUUUGGAUGCCAUCCUGCAGUAUGAACCUGCCACACCAUUAACAGAGGAAGAUGCAAAUGACAUGUGCCUGGCAACGCUGAGCCCAAGUGCAGCCCCAGAGACCACCGAAGGCAAAAUGUCAGUUACAUCAGAAGACAAGGAAGACAUCUCAGGAAAUCCUUUACUUUUGGUUUCUCAAGUCAGACCAAUGGAACUAGGUGACUCUACAGCAAUAAUGGAACCCCCUAAUAAUUCAACUGUCAUUCCAACUGUAGCAAAUGAAGGAGGAAAACACUGGACUGUGCCAGAAGUCAGGGCUCUAAUAGGCAUCUGGUCUGAUCAAGGAAUACAACAACAACUAGAGGGAACAAUGAGAAAUAAAAGGAUAUUUGAACAAAUUGCUGCCAAGCUUCAGAAACUUGGAAUAGAGAGAGAUUGGAAGCAGUGCAGAACAAAGUACAAAAACUUAAAACAUGAAUACAAGAUUGUAAGAACAGCUAGAGACCUAGGCAUGGCUAAAAGCAUGAAGUUUUUUACUGAGUUGGAUGCUAUUCUGGGACACAAGAAAACAGAAAACUCACAACAGGAAUCCCAAGAUGAAGAGCAAGCCACAGGAUGUGCCCAUGUAAAGAUGGAAGAGGAUCAGACAGUUAUUGCUGGAGAUGCAGUUGAAGAUGCCUUGGUCAGUAAUAUGUCAGAAGAGCUGAGAGAGACAGAUAUGAGGCAAAGCCCUUGCACAGAGGAAGACACUGCAAGUAAUGCCUCAGAUGAGGUGGGCGGCCCCACAGCACCACACGGUAUCCCUGGGUCAGAAUUAUUUGAAAAUCAUACCAAAAACCCAAGAGAAAAGAGCAUCAAGAGAAAAGCACUUGAAGAUGAAUCAGCAUCUAUAUCUCUUAAGAAAACUGCUUCUGAGACCGCUGCAAAUCAGUUUCCUCAAAGAACAACAGAACCAAAAGAUUCUUCAGAAUAUUUUUGCAGUCAGGAGACUCCCUACGUGACCCAACUUCAUCAGAGUCCUGCGUCUCUUCCCAGCGCGGCCGAAACCCUCAGACCUCUCCGGACAAUGACGGCAGUCGAAGUACUGAAGAUUGGUAAAAAACUCUAUGAGGGUAAAACAAAAGAAGUCUAUGAAUUGUUGGAUAGUCCAGGAAAAGUCCUCUUGCAGUCCAAGGACCAGAUUACAGCAGGAAAUGCAGCCAGAAAGAAUCACCUUGAAGGAAAAGCUGCAAUCUCAAAUAAAAUUACCAGCUGUAUUUUUCAGUUGUUACAGGAAGCAGGUAUCAAAACUGCUUUCACCAAAAAAUGUGGGGAGACAGCUUUCAUUGCACCUAAGUGUGAAAUGAUUCCAAUUGAAUGGGUUUGUAGAAGAAUAGCAACUGGUUCUUUUCUCAAAAGAAAUCCUGGUGUUAAGGAAGGAUAUAAGUUCUACCCACCUAAAGUGGAGAUGUUUUUUAAGGAUGAUGCCAAUAAUGAUCCACAGUGGUCUGAGGAACAGCUAAUUGCUGCAAAUUUUUGCUUUGCUGGACUUGUUAUAGGACAAACUGAAGUGGAUAUCAUGAGUCAUGCUACGCAGGCUAUUUUUGAAAUACUGGAGAAAUCCUGGUUGCCCCAGAACUGUACACUAGUUGAUAUGAAGAUUGAAUUUGGUGUUGAUGUAAUCACCAGAGAAAUUGUUCUUGCUGAUGUUAUUGAUAAUGAUUCCUGGAGACUCUGGCCAUCAGGAGAUCGAAGCCAGCAAAAAGACAAACAGUCAUAUCGUGAUCUCAAGGAAGUAACUCCUGAAGGGCUACAGAUGGUAAAGAAAAAUUUUGAGUGGGUUGCAGAAAGAGUAGAGUUGCUUCUGAAACCAGAAAGUCAGUGCAGAGUUAUAGUAUUGAUGGGCUCAACCUCUGAUCUUAAUCACUGUGAAAAAAUUAAGAAGGCUUGUGGAAAUUUUGGCAUUCCAUGUGAACUUAGGGUCACCUCUGCCCAUAAAGGACCAGAUGAAACUCUGAGGAUUAAAGCUGAGUAUGAAGGAGAUGGAAUUCCUACUGUAUUUGUGGCAGUGGCAGGCAGAAGCAAUGGUUUAGGGCCGGUGUUGUCUGGUAACACUGCAUAUCCAGUUAUCAGCUGUCCUCCUCUCACUCCAGACUGGGGAGCUCAGGAUGUGUGGUCUUCUCUUCGAUUACCCAGUGGUCUUGGAUGUUCGACCAUCCUUUCUCCAGAAGGAUCAGCUCAGUUUGCUGCUCAGAUAUUUGGAUUAAAUAACCAUUUGAUCUGGGCCCGACUGCGAGCAAGUGUAUUAAACACAUGGAUUUCCUUGAAGCAGGCUGACAAGAAAAUUAGAGAGGCCAGUUUAUAAGAAAGAACAUCACUGCAUUUUUUUAAGGAGGAAAACUAUAAUAUUCUGGUUUAUCUGCCCCCCCAAAAAAAUCAAGAUGAAAAGAUUUUAAAUCAUUGAGAGAAAAAUAAAAUUUGUAAGUGAAUAAAUGCUUUUCUCGAUUCAUGGAUUAAUAAAAUGUGUACAUAUUUA